AUGGAAAACGACCAGAGCAACAUUGACGACAAGGGUACCACUUUUGUGGUUGACGCCAGCACUUCAGAUUCCCCGACACCUUUAAUGACUUGCCCUGACGGUCAAGAAAUCUCGCCACCAACCCCUACACCGCCAUUUCUUGAUUCUGCUCCAGGCACUAGUGGGACCAAAAACGUCACCUUUCCAAGCCUGAAGUACCACCAAAAACCCAGGAAAAAACGAACCAAGUUGGUCAAUAUUGCCGAGCAUGGGGUUAAGUCUGGUGGGAAUAUUUCCAAGCCUAAAUGUGCCAGAAAGCCUGACCCUAAUGCACCCAAGAUCACCAGGCCCUGCACUGAAUGUGGCAAGAAAUUUUGGUCAUGGAAGGCUCUUUUCGGGCACAUGAGAUGCCACCCGGAGCGCGAGUGGCGCGGCAUUAACCCUCCUCCCAAUUUCAGCAGGCACCACCACAAUGAUGCCUCGACAUCAGGAACCAAGGAGAAUUCUUACUGGAUGUCCGAGGAGGAUCACGAGGUCGCCGUGUAUUUGUUGAUGCUGGCUAAUGGCCGUGGUCCUGAUGCUGCUGCUGCUGCUGCUCAUGAGUCCCCAACUGUGACUACUGCUUGUAAUAAUGUGGCAGUUCAAGGAACAUCGGAGUCUGAUAACGCUGCUGCUUUGAUGGGCUGUGGAGAUGUUGAUGAAAAUACUGCUGCUGCUGGUCCUUCUUCCGGCUUGUUGAAUUGUACGCGAUUUGAGUGCUCAAGCUGCAAGAAAGUCUUCGGUUCUCACCAGGCUUUAGGGGGUCAUAGGGCUAGUCACAAGAAUGUCAAGGGUUGUUUUGCUAUUACUAAAAAUGACGGCGAGGAGGAAGACAGGACGGGAGAAGGGGAGGUGGUAAAAGAUGGCACUGUAGAAGAGGACAAGAUGUUGAUGGUAUUUGGGCAUAAAUGUACCAUCUGUUUGAGGGUUUUCUCAAGUGGUCAAGCUUUGGGCGGCCAUAAAAGGUGCCACUGGGAGAGAGGGGAUGAACCAUCAGGACUCACUCAGGACCUCAAUCCCUUUUCCUCAGGAAAGGAGGGUUCUUCUGGUUUGGACUUGAAUUUGCCUGCCCCUGCAGAAGAUGAUGAUUCUUCUUCGUCCUAUUAUUCAGGCCUGGCAUUAGAUUUGCGAUUGGGACUCAAGCCCUGAUUAAAGGUCUUUGAUUUGCUUUAGUUGAUUGCUCUAUUUUAGGCAUUUGUGAUACUAAUUUGUACGACUUAUAUUACUAUUAGAUAGUUGAAAAGAGUUUCUUCAUGGCUGCAAAUUGGAAGCCAAAGAACUCCACUGAAUGUAUUACUAAUUCAUCGAAGCUAUACUUCUCAGAACUACUAGUUCCUAAUACACACAGUGUUACCAA